AUGGGGGACAAAUUUGGAACCGUCCAGCAAGGUAACAGAGAUGUCAUGCAUCAGAACACUUUGUCGCCGUUUAUGGGUCUCAAUAAACCCGUCACUGCCCUGGAGAUGCGGGAGGAUUUUGGUAAGAAGAGUGCACCAGCUCAAGUGCCUCGGUCACCAGUAGUUGCCAUAUCAAAUAACAAAGGAGAGGUGUUUAUAAACGGAGCAACGACUACAAAUUCAAGUUUGCAGGUUAAAGGAAAUCGUUCAAGAGUUGUCAUGCGAGCACAUGCGAUGCCUCUUAGAAUCGCCAACCAGGGUGUAUCAGAUCAGGUCGCUUUUAACAUUGUCCUUCAGCACGGCAACCCGCAUCUAAAACCCAGGAACUUCGCGGACUGCCCUAGAAUGCGUUCAAAGAUGCGCUGA